AGAGAAGAGCAUCUUUGUUCUUUGCUCAGUAGAUUGUAAAAAGUGGAAAAUAAUAAUUAUUGUUUAGUUCUUGAGUGUACAAUAUCAUUCAAAAUUUGAACUAAUAUUACUUAGUUCUGGUGAAAAUGGUUGAACAACAGAAGCAACGUAUCGAGCUGGAAUUGUCCCGGCGCGUAGACGAACUCGAUCGGACAAUCUUGCGUAAGAUGCAGGGUGAAAUGCACGAAUGUGCUGCACGUUGCUGUCGCGAUUCCAAUGCCAGUAUGGAUUCCGUGCAACGUUGCAUAGAGGCUUGCUCGGCGCCUGUGCAACAUGCUCAACAACACGUUGAGAAAGAACUAGGGAAUUUCAACAAUCGACUACAACGCUGUGUUAUGGACUGUAACGAUACCAUUAAAGACAAAAUGGGUUCCAAACCGUCGGAAGAUGACAUUUCCAAGUACACCUCGAUGUUCGAACGAUGUGCCAUUAAGUGCGUCGAUAAACAUGUAGAUUUAUUACCCGGAUUGUUCAAAUCGAUGCGCCAGGUUCUGGGAAACAAAGGGUACUAAGACCAGUUUGCUUCCCUAAUGAUUUUUUUCGGUUAAAGUUCACAAUGAACCGGUUGUGUUCAGAAUGAAACAUCUAACAAACAAUUUGCUGGGCAAAGAACGCAUUUCACGGUUGGCAUUAUUUAGUGUUAUCGUUAGUUUUCUGGUACUUUUUUUAAAGUCAUAAAAGUGUAUAAUAAAGAUGUACAUUGAGAUUA